GCACGAGGAGACGUCAGACUCAAGCCCCUCACUCUCCUGGAAACCAUCCCAGAACCUCCACCCUCUGACACCAUGGUCAACUCCUGUUGUGGCUCCGUCUGCUCUGACCAGGGCUGUGGCCAGGAGACUUGUUGCCGCCCCAGCUGCUGCCAGACCACCUGCUGCAGGACCACCUGCUGUCGCCCCAGCUGCUGUGGCUCCAGCUGCUGCCGCCCCUGCUGUGGGGGUUCCAGCUGCUGUGGCUCCAGCUGCUGCCAGCCUUGCUGCCGCCCCACCUGCUGCCAGACCACCUGCUGCAGGACCACUUGCUGCCGCCCCAGCUGCUGUGGUUCCAGCUGCUGCCGCCCCAGCUGCUGCAUCUCUAGCUGCUGCCGGCCCUGCUGUGGGGGUUCCAGCUGCUGUGGCUCCAGCUGCUGCCAGCCUUGCUGCCGCCCCACCUGCUGCCAGACCACCUGCUGCCGGACCACCUGCUGCCGCCCCACCUGCUGUGUGUCCAGCUGCUGCCGCCCCUGCUGUGGGGGCUCCAGCGGCUGUGGCUCGAAUUGCUGUGGCUCCAGCUGCUGCCAGCCUUGCUGCCGCCCCACCUGCUGCCAGACCACCUGCUGCCGGACCACCUGCUGCCGCCCCACCUGCUGUGUGUCCAGCUGCUGCCGCCCCAGCUGUUGCUAGACCCCCUGCCACCACCCAACCUGCUCUAGUGGCUCUUGCUGCUGCUGAGUGCCCUGACCUGCACCCUGCUGUUUUCAUCAGCCAAUCUCCUUCAUGUCGUCCAACUGGGAGCUGAAUCAUGUGAGGCCAACUGUAAAACCUCAGUUCCCAGUGAUUUUCAACUUAGUUGGCUUCUGAAUAUACCCUCCUCUGCCACCCUCCCACCUCCUUGUUACUAUCUCCAUCCCAAAUCAAUACAAAGGUUGAAUUUUCUCUGAUAUCUGUUAACAUGUCAUCCUAAUUGAUAUAUCUGUUUACUGCCAGAUUUUCUGAUAUGGAGAUGUUUCUAUAUGUGAAAUAAAUCUUAACUUUCCCGGCAUACAAAUAUAAGAAAUCGUGUCUCGUUCUUUUUCCUUCUUCGAUGGUCACCCUCAGCUGUCAGGUCUUCUACUAUUCUCUGCACAACGAGCAGAUCAUAGCAGGCGAUUUCAGGAUUUUCACUUCUAUCACCUCGGCGCUUCCCACGCUAACAGUGUAGGAUGGUGGCUUGCAGCAAGCACCUGGAACUCUGCGGAGGGCUCAGUCUACGUGAAGAAACGUAAAUCACAGGACAGGGCAGUAAAGGCAAGUGCCUGGGAGAAGCGCUCGAAAGGUGGCCAGUAGUUGGUGGAUAAGUGCUCUAGCCUCUUUCCCCUUGAGUGGGCGUGUGAGACCAGAGGGCCUCAGUAGCACUGAACGAACCCCCGAUGCCCACAGGACUCACCUGCUCUUGAAAUCAACCUGGAUUGGUUUCCACCCUUCCCUGGAUCACUUCACAGUAUCCCUAGAGCCCUACUGGGGACCACCUCCCAGACAAUCUACUUGGUCUCAAGCCUCUGUUUUGAGCUCUGACCCUGAGGUCGACCUGACACCAGUGUUCCAAGUCUCAGUAACAGUGCCUUCAAACAUUUCCCUAUGACAUGAACGGUCACUGGGUGACACCGUGGGCUCUCGACCUUAUUCUCCGCUGAACCACUGAAUCUUUUCAUAGGAUGUUGUUUCUUCUCACAGUUGGUGCACACUUGGU